CGAAGAACAAGAACAAGCUUCCAGGCGCCUCCGUCGGAUCCCCCAAUGUGUGCCGCACUGCGGGCGAUCGGUGCUGCAGCGCUGGUAGCAAAGCUGGUGCUGUUGACGCCACUGGCAAUGGCACCGCCGACCACAGCUCAAGGAGCCAUAGGCGUCACGGCGCCCCCUGAAGGCAACGGUGGUGGUGGCGCCGAUGCGGACGAGGACGUGCUCGACGGCGUGGUGGGCUCUCAGCGAGAGCGCGCCCUGUCCGCGGUCGACAAGGCCAAGGCCAUGCGCAUCAUACCGGAUCUGAUUGGCUACCUGCCCAACGACUCGCUCGCUGUCACCUACAUUGGAAACGCCAAGGUGGACAUGGGCAACGAGCUGGAGCCGACGAGCGUGGCCGAGCCUCCGGAUGUCGUGCUCCGAGGACGGAGCGACUACUUCUACGCGCUCUGCAUGGUCGACCUGGACGCUCCGUCGUCGCGCGCACCCAAGCACCGCGCCUGGCUGCACUGGCUCGUCGUCAACAUACCGGCACAACGGCUGGACGCCGGCAAAGUGCUGGCGACGUACAGUCCACCGACGCCGGCGACGAGUACCGGUUCGCAUCGGUUUGUGUUCAUCCAGUUCGAGCAGCCGGACUACUUCUUUCAGGGAAACUUCAUCUUCAUACCGAUGCGCGCCGCCUUCAAUGUGGGGGCCUUCAUGGCCGACAACAACAUCCGCCGCAUCGUGGCCUUCAACUUCUUCCGCAUCGAAACUGAGUACAGGAACUUGCUGUGAACCGGCGGUGGUAGCAGCAACCGUCCAAUCGUGAUUGCGUCUUAACGUAUAAAUAGUUGCGGUGGAGAAGCGGCCGCGAGUAGAAGAUAAAGCUGUUGCGUCUUGAUUAAUUACACACUGCUUGGUGCGGCAUUAGUAUCGACGAUAACCCUUUGCUCAGUGAAACUUGCUAGCGAAAGAAUUCUGUACGUAAGUCACAUGCUACAACGGAAAGUAAAAGACCAUCGUGUUCGAGCAUCACGCUGUCAGUGACACCUUUUUAAAAUGAGUAAAGGCAACGCGCAGAAGACCAGGACUGAGGAAGGACGCAAACGACAGGACCGACGCCACUCACAACUAAGUUUAUUUCCGCAACAAGCCUGCCUUAUGUAGGCCCUGUCGUUUGUGUCCUUCUUCAGUCCUGUUCUUUUGCGCCUUGUCUUUACUCAUUCAAGCAUGAAUCAACUAGCCCAAGCAAGAGUUUUACUUGUUGUUAACCUGACCUUUGUAAUGCUAUACGUGCACCAGCUCGAAUCGCUACGAUGUUGUACUGUCCAUCGCUGCGUUGUUACCAUUAACGAGUGUUGACUGUGACAACUUGGCCUUGCAUAACGCCAGGAUUCCGCAAGUCAUCA